AGCAAUGAAGUGAUAGUGGAGGAUGCUGAUAUAGCAAAAGCACUCAUCAACUAUGUUGCCGCUAAUUCUAUUCAAGUUUUGGUGCUUGGUGCACCAUCCAAAAACAGCUUUGGCUUCUUCAGAUUCAAAGCGAAAGACAUCCCAAGCACUGUGUCAAAAGGGGCACCAGACUUUUGCACUGUGUAUGUCAUUGGCAAAGGAAAGAUCACGCAUUGCCGACCAGCUACCGCCGAACUACCCUCAAAUGGUUCGAGAAAUUCGCAACACAUGAGGCUCCACCAGCACUCCAGAGAACCGGAGAGCGCGCUGAAGAACAAGUUCAGGCCAGCAUUAACAAGAGCAACACCUAUAGUGAAGAAAUCAUAUGAGCCCUUGCCUGACAUUGAUUUACCGCCUGUGAGCAGCGAAGUGCAAACCAUGGAUCGCAUCUUAAAUUAUGAUAGCACGCCGUCGAAAAUGACCCAUCAAAGUUCAAGCGGCUCAGAGUUGGACAGCAGAAGCUCUUUGUCAUCUUACUCCGGAACCAAGUUCAUUGACAUGACAUCAGCGCCGAAUGGUUUUUCAUCAUCCUCAUUUGAAAGUGGAAGGUCAUGGUCAUCACAAAACAGGGAUGACAUGGAAGCUGAGAUGAGGAGGCUCAGGCUAGAGCUCAAGCAAACAAUGGAGAUGUACAGCAUGGCUUGCAAGGAGGCAAUCUCAGCAAAACAUAGAGAAAAGGAACUUCAGCAGUGGAAGUUGAACGGAAAGCACAGAUUAGAAGAAGCACGACUCGCUGAGGAAGCUGCAUGUGCACUUGCACGGAAGGAGAAAGCAAAAAGUAAGGUAGCGAUUGAGGCAGCACAAGCAGCUGAAAGGGUUGCAGAACUGGAAGCAGAAAGACGGAAAAACUCGAAAAUGAAAGCUCUUGAAAAAGCUAAAGGAAAGAAGUCGCUAGAAUCAAAGGGGUACGAUCUGAGGUACAGGAGAUACACAAUUGAAGAUAUUGAAGCGGCGACGAAUUAUUUUUCACAAGCCUAUAAGAUUGGAGAAGGAGGCUACGGUCCGGUCUACAGAGGUGAACUAGAUCACACACCGGUAGCAAUAAAAGUUCUGCGUCCGGAUGCAGCCCAAGGGCGGUCGCAAUUCCAGCAAGAGGUUGAAGUAUUGAGCUGCAUUAGGCAUCCAAACAUGGUUCUCCUACUUGGAGCCUGCCCAGAAUUUGGUUGUCUGGUCUAUGAGUACAUGGCCAAUGGUAGCUUAGAAGACCGUCUCUUCCGGAAAGGCCACACCCCGGUGAUUCCUUGGCAGCUAAGGUUCAGAAUUGCUGCAGAAAUUGCCACCGGACUUUUGUUUCUUCAUCAGACCAAGCCAGAGCCCGUUGUACACCGUGACCUAAAACCCGGCAACAUCUUGUUAGACCAUAACUAUGUGAGUAAGAUUAGUGACGUAGGUUUGGCCAGGCUUGUCCCUCCAUCAGUAGCCAAUGCUGUCACUCAAUAUCACGUGACAUCAAUGGCCGGAACAUUCUGUUAUAUCGACCCAGAGUAUCAGCAGACCGGAAUGCUUGGGGUGAAAUCUGACGUUUACUCACUGGGGGUCAUGCUUCUACAACUAAUAACUGCCCAGCCGCCAAUGGGUUUGACUUUCAAAGUUGAGGAUGCUAUUGAGAGUGGGACUUUCGCGGAGAUGCUUGACCCUGAUGUUCCCGACUGGCCUGUUGAGGAAGCAUUAAAGUUUGCGCAGCUAGCCUUACAGUGCGCUGAAAUGAGGAGAAAAGACAGACCGGAUCUUGGCAAGGUUGUGCUACCGGAGCUAAGCAGAUUGAGAGCACUCGCGGACGAGAGAAGGGAUCCUUUCAGGCUAGGUGGUAAUGCACUAUACUCACCAAGACAAGAUGUUAUGAGCGACCGCCUCUCUGGAUACCAUAGCCGUUCGAGCACAUCAUCGUAUGCUGAAAGAAUGUUCUCCGGUUCCGAUGUCAGGCAUUAGCUUAGAAUAGCAAAUACAACCCAGAAGUAGCCAAUUUACGUGUGAAUAGAAUUUUGUAUUGUCAAAUUGUUACUUUUUGUAAUGUCAUGUUUGCCAGACUAUUUGAUUCUGGCCAAAGACAAAGCAAGGCAAUGAACAAAUACAACAGAAAAAUUAAUGACGUGAACCGGCUGAAUCGCCUUCGCAUGUUCCGUAAUCUUGGUAACAGAUUUAUGGGUUUAAAUUUUAGACACAAAGAAACCACCCGAAACCCUAAACCG